UCAGCCCCAGGGCAAGGGGCUGGGGAGUCGUCUGAAGUUGGGCGGAGGAGGCACCCCAAGGACCCUGGUCAGCGUAGCAGACUGCUUUCGAUUUUGGACUUAGUAUCCGCUGCUGGGGAAGGCGGGGCGCACCCCGCCUUCCCCCCCGCCCUUCUCUGCCCCUCCGCUUCCUCUCCACUCGGGUGUAGGAGCCUCUUUGCCCGCUGAGGUGCUGGAGCAGCCGGGCAGCGACUGCAGCAAUGGCAGGGAAAGAGUUGGAGCGGUGCCAGCAGCAGGCGGACGAGGUGAAGGAAAUCAUGCUCAAGAACUUUGACAAGGUCCUGGAGCGUGAUGGGAAACUGGCAGAGCUGGAGCAGCGUUCAGACCAACUCCUGGACAUGAGCUCAGCUUUCAGCAAGACAACCAAGACCCUGGCCCAGAAGAAGCGCUGGGAGAACAUCCGAUGGCGUAUCUACCUGGGGAUGGCGGUGGGCAUUGUCCUGCUCAUCAUCCUGAUUGUGUUGCUGGUCAUCUUUCUCCCACAGACAAGUGAGGGCAGCAGUGCCCCACAGGCCCAGGAUGCAGGUGCUGCCUCAGGGCCUGGGGACUGACCCAGUUGGGCCUGGAGGAGAGGCCAAAUGGCCUCAGUGACUGGUUCUGGUCUCCAAAGAACCUUGGCAUUUGCUCCCACCUGAGCCACUGCAGUGAGCGCCCAAUGGCAGCUCCAAAGUGUGCACCUUUGCAUCUCCUAUCACGCCACACACUGGCCCUUGAGGGCAGCCUGCUGCACUGGCCAUGCCAGUCUUGCCCCACUUGGAGCUCAGUAAAUGCUGCUGCUUGGUUAAAAGCUGCUGUUUGAUUAACAGCUGGUGGGUGGGUGGGGUGUGUGUCUUUCAAAGUCUCCGGUUUGUUCAUUUUGCUCUGUGUUUACCCCUUAAGCUACUUAGAAAGGCUACCAACCGAAGGGCUCUAUUCUUGGGAAGUGGCCCCUUCCUCUCACUUCCUUACUGAUCCAACCCUACACAGACAGGUGUAAAUGCACAACUGCCCCCAAAUGAGACCCUUCAAGUGUUGCCCUCUGAGCUUGUUUCCCUGAGAAUGAAAGCUGUUAUUAUUCAUUCUGGGGAGGCUCCGAGGACCAAUGGCACUGCAGAUGGGAUGGAAAAGAGGAAAGUACUUCAAAGAUUUUUAUAUCACGAGGCUCUCACCUUCAGAUAGACUUUUUGUUCUCUGAAGACUUCCUCCUCCCCAGUUUCUCUGCUCAUGUUUUUCAUCAAGCUCUUUUAAAAAAAUUCUAGUUUCUCUGUGGGCAUUUUUUAAAAGACUUUAUUUAUUUAUCUUUAGAGAGGAAGGGAAGGAGAGAGGGAGAGAAACAUCCAUGUAUGGUUGCCUCUCGUGAGUGCCCUGCUGGGAACUGGCCUGCAACCCAGGUAUGUGCCUUGACUGGGAAUCAAACCGCAGUCGUGUGGUUUGCAGGCCUGCACUCAACCUACUGAGGUACACCGGCCAGGGCUCAUCAAGCUUUACAUCAGAUCACAGAUGAGGCAGGUGGCAGUGGAAACAAAAAGGGUCACUGUGGUGCUGUGAUACAGUCACAAAGGGUGACCUAGGGUUUACCCUGUAGGAAAGAAUUUGGAAGUCCUGGCUGGGGAGCUCAGUCGGUUAGACCGUCAUCCUGAUACACCAAGGUCGGGGGUUUAAUUUGGGUCAGGGCACAUACAAGAAGCAGCUGACCAAUGAACGCAUCGAUGAGUGGAACAACAAAUUGAUGUUCCUCUCUCUCUCCCUUCUUGUCUCUCUAAAAUUAAAAAAUAAAAAAAAGAUAGGCCUGGCUGGUGUGACUCAGUGGAUUGAGUGCCGGCCUGUGAACCAAAGGGUCACCAGUUUGAUUCCUGAUCAGGGCACAUGCCUGGGCUGCAGGCCAGGUCUCUGGUUGGGCACCUGUGAGAGGCAACUGAUCAAUGUAUCUCCCUCACAUCAAUGUUUCUCUCCCUCUCUUUCCCUUUCUCUAAGAAGUAAAUGAAUAAAAUCUUUAAAAAUAGAUAAAAAGUAAAAAAUACUUUAGAGAAAAUAGAGAAUUUGAGCUUUUUAAAGCUCCAGGGCCAAACAGGGCCAAGUAGGCAGUGACUUCAGUGACCACAGGAAAAAAAAAAUCUUUGGGUAAAGGCCACAGAAGAAGGAAGGAAGCCCUACUGAAACCUCAAAACCGCGGAAACACGGUAGCACAUUCCUCAGGCUACUUAACUGCAUUUCCAACUCAAGUGGGAGUGGGAAAGUGAAUUCAGGGUCAAGGAUGGAAGAAAAGUUUCUUAUUAGGUAGAGGGAGGACUAUUGACAGAGAAACUAAAAAACCCAGGAGCUGCGUGGACCCCUCACAGAGCUCAUGAUUUCAGUGGCAGAGUAGAGGGGAGCGAGGAAAAUUUCUUGCCAAGCAGAAUGGGGAAACUGAGACGGACAGCUGAACAAACUGACUGAGCAAUUUACAGCCAGGUACAGAAGGUCACCAGGAAAGCUUCAGGUGCCUAGCAACGGGCAAAACUGGUGCCAGACCUCACCCACAGGGUGGCCUUUCUUUCCCUGUCAUAUUGCUGGCCAUGCAGUUUAGACCUUCCUGACCUUUCCUCCCUAGAGAAAAUAUCUAGGCCUCAAUAGCAUUGCAGCUCCAGGCCCAGAAAAGCAGCAAAACCAGGUGGCAGGUCAGGAUCAGUUUCAAUGACUAAUGACUCCUGGCCCAAUUAAUAGAAACUGUGACCUUGAGAAGACACACCUGGAAAAGCUGAUGAAUAUUCUAUUGAGUUCCUUCCCUAAGAUCUCCUCUAAACUCCUAGCCUUUAAAACCUUAAGACGAAGGAUCUAGCACACACUCUCCCUUUCGGCCCGGUGCCUUUCCCUUCUUCUCACCCCGCCCCAUAGGCAUGCAUCUCCUGAACUCUAAGGGAACACAUGAGACAUGCAACCAGGGGAGCAAUGGGUAGCAGCAGCAGCUUGUCCCAAGCUGACCUACCUGAACCUGUGCCCAAAGCACCCCCCCUUUUUUCUGACUUUCCAGUGAGCUAAAAGCAGCCCUGCCUCAGUUCACUUCUUUCCCAUAAUGUUUCUCGGGAGCCAAAGCAGGCCUUCCCGGGCUGUCACCUGUUGCUUCUUCCAUCCUAAGCCCUUGUUUCACUGUUCCCUGCUUUAAUAAACAUACUCUUGAAAAUCA